AUGGCCACAGUCCCUCCAAAACACCAACAAUCCUCCGUACCAGCCACAGAGACUCUCCCAUUCAACGAGCGACAGCAGCCAACGAUACGGCUAUUCCCACUCAGCAACUACACUUUCGGCACCAAAGAGACUCAACCAGAGGAAGAUCCGUCGGUCAAGGAUAGGCUGAGGAGGCUGGAAGAGCAUUACGACAAGUAUGGCAUGAGGAGGACGUGCGAAGGGAUACUGGUGUGCCAUGAACACAACCACCCGCAUGUUCUCAUGCUCCAGAUCGCCAAUGCCUUCUUCAAGCUACCUGGCGACUACCUCCCGCACGAUGCCGAGGAGAUUCAAGGCUUCAAAGACCGCCUGAACGAACGCCUCGCGCCCACCGGCUCCCUCUCCGCCGCCGAAGCCGCCGAUCUCGACUGGAACGUAUCCGACACGCUGGCGCAAUGGUAUCGCCCUAACUUCGAGACGUUCAUGUACCCUUUCCUCCCGCCUCACGUCACGCGGCCGAAGGAGUGCAAGAAGCUUUACUACAUUCAGCUGCCCAAAGCCAAAGUGUUGAGUGUACCGAAGAACAUGAAGUUGCUGGCAGUGCCGCUGUUUGAAUUGUAUGACAACAGCCAGCGGUAUGGUCCGCAACUCAGCGCUAUUCCACACUAUCUGAGCAGAUAUCGGUGGGAGUUUGUGGAUGAAGAGGGAGAGGUGGUGAGCUACACGCCGGGUGGGCCGAUCGACGAGAAGGUUAAAACGAAGAUAUUGGCAGGCGGCGAGAAUGGGCAUGCGGAGGCGGGGAAGCAAGAGGCGAAUGAUGAAGCGAUGCAACAGUCAUGA